AUGGAGAAGCAAGUUGAAAAAAACUUCACAUGGGUGAUAAAAUAUCCCAUCUGUUUAUCAUAUAACUGCUUUUCAGAUCCAUUUCUGAUUGUUGGAUGUCAAUGGCGUCUUAAUGCCGUUCUCAACGGAGAGAACCUUGAGCUCUUGUAUCAGUAUCGGGGUGUAACAGAUUCUCAAUCAUUGCCUUCUGAUUGGAGAAAACAUGUUAAACUUCGCUUAACUAUAGUUAAUCGAUUAUCUGAAAAACUCUCUAUAGUGACAGAUUCAGAGCUUUACUUUGAUGAGAAGUCUCCCAUGCAUCUUUUAUAUCCAACCGUACUCCCUCCUUCCAAACUUCUAGCAAAAGAUGGAGGAUUUUUGGUAAAUGGAGAAGUAAUGAUUCUUGUCGAAGCGGUUGCUCAUGAAGUUAUAAGCUCAUUAGGUGUAUUAGAUGAAACUGUUGAUGUCAAUGGGUUUCAAGUUCUUCCUUCACAGGUGGAAGCUUUGAGGCGUAUAUUUAAAAGAUACCCAGACUUUUCAUCCACAUUCAUUUUUAAGAAUCGGCAUCUGAAGUCAACAUACAUGAAUCUCCUCCUCGGAAUAAUUGAGACGCUGUGCCAGGCCCCACAAGAGCUAUCUGAUGCUGAUUUGAAAGAAGCAUCUGUUGCAGUGUCAAACGUGGCAAAUGUAGGAUUUAAAGUGGAUUGGUUGGAUAAGAUGCUUAAGGAAGUAAAAGAAAAGAAGAAGAAAGUGGACGUUGGUAAGGCUUCUGUGGAACAAAUGGAGGAAGAGUUGCAGAAAUAUAAUCAGAAAUGUUUAGACCUGAAAGCUCUUGUGAAGAAGAAGAAGGAAGAUGUUUCAGCUGCCAAUGUUCGUCUCUCGUUUGAUGAUGAUUUUUGA